AAAAUAAAAUGAAUAAUCAUUGUAAAUUUGUUUUUAUAACCAAUUACUAAACCACUUCUGCGAUAAAACUACUGGAUUUUAAGAAAGGUUACUUACUUUAAAAAUAUAUAUUAAUAACAAAUAAAUUAUGUUCGAUUUAGAUUUAUGACGCCUUAUAUAUAAAUUAUAAAAGAAUGGAAUUUGUGCAAAUAAAGGACAUUCGUCCUGGACUUAAAAAUAUAAACGUAGUGUUCAUAGUGCUUGAAGUGGGACACCCCACCCUGACGAAGGAAAACCGCGAGGUACGAACAUUUAAAGUAGCUGAUCAAACGGCAUGUAUGAAUGCAUCAAUAUGGGAUGAAGCUGGUCAAUUAUUAACACCUGGUGAUAUUGUAAAAAUAACAAAAGGUUAUGCAUCGGUUUGGAGAAAUUGUUUAACAUUGUAUACGGGUAAAACGGGCGAUAUACAAAAAAUUGGUGAAUUUUGUAUGGUGUUUAAUGAACAAUUAAAUAUGAGUGAACCAAAUCCAUUGCUCCAUAUGACACCAAUAGGGGCUGCGCCUACACCACAAAAUAAUUUUGCAUUAAAUAAUGGUACGAAUAAUGGAACACCUCGAUUACCACCACAAGUAAAUAAUCCUCAAGUGAAUCAAAAUAAUAAUACAACUGGACCAGUUAAAAAUUCGAAUUCAACAAACGUACUACCCUCAGAUCCAAGAAGUAAGCCACCACCAAAAGGUGGUACACGGGGUCGAGGUGGUAUGAAUCGUAAUGGAUCAAGAGAACGCAGAUAGUAAUAAUUUUAUAUAUUUUUCUCUCGUAUUAAUUUGUAUAAAUGAA